AUUAAAAAAAAAAAAAAAAGAAGAGAUUGGGAGAAAUACAAGAGCCCUCUUAUCCGUGGGCCAUUACUCAAUUUGAUGAAGAAGGGCAGAUCUAAGGCCCAAGGAUCACAUUUCUUGCUUGACCGUUUCACUUUACCGAUUCCCCUCAACCGAAAAGGCAGCCGCGCUCUCUCUCUCCGGCAUCCCUCUCCUGCGCGUAAAGCCGUCGCCAACUCUUGUAUCCAGAAAAUCAAAAGAAAAUGAUAAAGAGGAGGUUCUAUAAGUUUGAACAUGGGGAUAAAGAUAAUGUGUCGGAUUCAUCUUCAUCGUCUUCGGACUCUGAACUUGAAAUGGAAGCCACAGAAGAAUCAGAAUCAGAUGAAGAAGAAGUUGUUCAUAUGAAAGAGAAUGAUCAAGCUUGCUCUACAUCUUCGGGAUAUGAGAGUGAGAAUAUCUCAGCAAAUGAAGUUGGUGUUGACUCAGCAGGUCUUAUAGAUGAUGAUAAUGAUGAAACUGAAGAUGAUAAACAUAUAUUUAUCAAUGAUAAGUUAUGUAGCAAACGGGAGACAAAAUUGAAUACCGCAACCAUAGAAGAAGCGCUGCCAGAUGAUUUCCCAGCCUGUAUACUGAAAUGUAAAUCAGUUUUUAAGUGCAAGUUAUGUCCAAGAAUUGUCUGUUUGAACGAGGAGACUAUGAGGGCUCAUUUUAAAUCCAAGAGGCAUGCUCGUUCAGAGAAAUUACUCAAGGAAGGUAGGCUGAAGACUAUGUUCAACAGUGAUGGGGAAAUUGAGAAUCAGGAGACUGCAGCAGAAACACAUGCUUCAGUCAAUGCUGUUGCGCAGGAUAAACAGAAAAGGAAACACAAAGGAGGAUGUCAUCGACGGGGGAAGGGUUCAAAAAGGAAGGUAACUGAUAUGCAUUUGUUUAGGUUUUUUAGUUAGAGCCUAAAUUAAUUCCCUAUCAAAAAUUGCAGAGAACAUGAGAAGAAAAGCAGUUUUAUAGAAAUGCAGCCAAAAGGGGGCGUAAGAAUGAGAAUUGAAAGCUGUUAAAAGAAUAGACCAGCGAGUAGUGUAACAAAUAGUUUCCCUUCAGUUCUGCGGAACAAAGUUAUGCAAUGUAACCAUAUUGCAUCAUGUGAAGCUUUAGGUUUUCCAUUUUUAAAAAUUCUUUCGGCAUGUCAUUCGCCUUUCAAUUUCAUUCAUCGUACUUUGGGUUUGGUUGUAAGACAUCUUGUGCUCAUGUUCAGUUAUUGAAAGAGCUCGGAAUUUUGGGUUAACCGAUAUCUGGCUUUGAAAAUGACAAGAUGGAGACAAUAAUUAUAGAAUAAUUAUUCAAUCGCAAUUUAAAAUCGUAUGGAGUUUAUCAAAAAUUUAUAUGAAAUUAAUAUUUACAAGUUAUGGAUUCUUAUAUAAUUUUUUCAUAAUAUGAAUAAUUGUAGAAUUGUAGUGAAAAGAAUUGUAGGUGAAAUGUUUUUCCAGGGAAAUUUCAUUUGUAAUUCUUUUAACUAUAAUCUUACUCAAUCACAAUAAAGAGCUAUAUAUUUUUAUGGACAUAUAAUUUUAAAUUUUGAUUGGUUAAUUGUAGUAUAAUUAUUGUGGACAAUAUAUUCAUACUAGAUAAAUGUUUUGCUACUUGCCGUUUGGUCGUGCAAUCAUAUUUCUAAUUUUUAUCGGCUCAGAUAUCUUUUUCAUCAACUAUCAUUUUUUCCGUUAAAAACUAUAGUCAUCUAUAACAAAGAACAAAAAAGAAUGGAAUCAAAAUCGUGAUGGACGUUUUUAUUUUGGAAAUAAGUUUAACA